AUGACUACUCUAUACGAAAGACUUGGUGGAGCUGAUGCUAUUAAUGCAGUAGUUGAAGGCAUGUAUCAGAAAAUAUUCACAGAUGAGGAUCUAAUUGACUUCUUCAGAAAAACAGAUAAGCCACGACAACUUGAAAUGUAAAGGCAAUUCUUAACUUACGCCUUUGGCGGUAGCUCAGAAUGGCACGGAAAGUCAAUGAAAGAAUCACACAGAGGUAGAGGAAUCACUACCGAUGACUUCAAUAAAGUUGCUGGACAUGUUGUCUCUACAAUGAAGGAGUUGUCAGUUCCUCAAGAACUCAUUGACGAGGUUGUUGCUAUUCUUCUAACUUUAGUAGAUGACUGUGUUGAUGAAGAGUGA